ACACACAAAGCUCUCGGCUAGUCUUGAUUCGAUUCGCGUUCGGUUCCAUCGGUUUUCCUGCUGCUUCUUGGCUCUGAUCAAAAACCUCGGAAACCUCUUUUUCGGAAGAACGGAGUAGCUCUCGAUUUUUGUACUGCCGCCUGCUGCGUCGCGCUAGAAGGCAGAAAAAAAGGUGCAGACGGUCGAAAACCCUUUUUGAAACGCAGAAAUUUUGGAUUAUCGUUUUUUUCCGCGGCUUGGCUGUUUUUCGGAUUUCGGAGAAACGCAAUAACGCAGCGUCGGGGAGUCAAUCAGUGGAAGAAAAAUGAAUAUGAAUCAAUCGGCGGCUUGUCUGCUGGAAAUUGUGAAGGAAAAAAUCUCCCAGUGAAAGUGAACAUCAAACGGCGCCUUUCAUCGGAUGUCACGACUGGAACAAACGUUCAUCAAAAUGAGCUUAAAACUUGCAAUGCAUUAAAGUGUAGUGAAUAAUUAAUAAACAGUGAUCAUGAUUAAGCAACAAUCUUGCCACCGGUGAAUAAACUCCUACUUGGAUUGCCGGCAGUAGUGAUAUCGCGAGUUCCAAUCGCUUUCCCGCCGAUCAAAAUCGAAGUUCGAAAAGUAGCGGAAUGACAGCAGUGACGUUUCGAACACCGUUGACAAGCCAGGCCAGGCAGAGCAACUGCGUUCGAACAAAAAUGGGCAGUGUCACUUCGACAGAAAAUGGCGUCUGCCAACUUUUUGGAGGAAGCUCUUAAAUCAGAUGUCGAUGAAUCCGCGGUGAGUGCGAUCGUCGGAACGCUAGAAAAUCAGUUGGACCAAUCCAGUACGACCCAGGUGCAACAAGUCGCGAAAAAUUUCGAGUGCGGAAACGGUGGGAACAGUAUAAAUAGUGCAAUUGUGUCAAAUGGAGGAACGACCCCCAUUUAUAGUGCAGUGCAGCAGCAGAAACACAGCAAUCAUGGUGUUGCCAAUGGUGAAAUCGUAUCCAAUGUUAUGAACAGCAGCAGCAACAAUAAUAACAACAACAACAAUAAUAACAGUAAAACAUUUAUCAUUUCCACAAGUGGCGGCCAGAACGUAAUCAAUAGUGCAGGUUCUGGUGCCGCGACGGUGGUUGUGGGGAAGAAUAUUACGGUUUCAACCAAUAGUGGCGGAAUCCAACCGUCCUCAACACCUCCCGCAUUGAUUUCGACGGUUCCAACGGUGUCCUCCUCGUCGGGGAUCAACAUCAUCAGUAAUCAGAUAGUGGUUUCUGCCGGAGGACCACCCCCUCCUCCGUUUCACGUUACGACCAACAGUAUCAGCACCCUUAACAAUAACAACACUACCAUCCAGCACCAGACGAACAUGCCAAAGAAUGAACCAGUAAAGUUGGUGUAUCCUGCUCAUGGUGGAGGUGCCGGAACGCCAAAUACUCAGGCGGUGCUCAACAUGAACAACAAUCGCGUAACGUUGACCUCGACGGCCCUGCCGAAUGGGACCAUUUCCCUGUCGCAGGCCCCGCAGCUGAUACAGACCGGUGCCACGGGGAAAACCACCAUCCAGGCCACGACGGGAGGACAACCGGGAGGUCCCGGCCAGCCGCAAACGCUGAUCAUCAAAAACCAGCAAACUGGAGCCGUGAUGAACUCCGGGGCGCCCGGCAUCGUUACGAUGUCCAAACCGAUCAACAAUCAGGCCACACAAAACAUUGUCGGCUUACCGGCUGGUGUACAAAUUGUAAAUGUUAGACCUGGCGCUCCACCCACGCAACAACAAGCACAGCAAAAAACUGUAGCCGCUGUAUCACCUAGAGUUGUUAUUGGUAGUCAGCAAAUAGUUAGUACUAGACCACCAAAUGCAAACGCUAUCACACUAAGUGCCCUUCAAGGACAGCCGGGCUCGACGCUGCUACUGAAAAAUGAGCAGGGCCAAUUCCAGCUGCUACGGAUCGGACCGGCACCGACCGGUGCACAGAUUACACCCGCCAAUAUUACCGCCACGACGGGGACUAAUCAGACGAUACGGUUGCAAACUGUACCAGCUGUAAGUAGGUUUACCGGUCCUCCAUUAGCCCUCCGCAAGACCAUUGUCACCACGCAACAGGUGAAACAGAAGCAAAAUCAGCCCAUUUCAUCCGGUUCCGGUACGAUCAUCGUCAAUUCGCAAUCCAUCACUACCACGCCAACCAGCUUCGUAACAACGCAGUCGACUCCGGUAGCCUCGGUGGCCCCUGUUCCGGCGCUGGCCGCCCAACAGCACAUAACCAUCUCGGCCGCAGCAGCCCAGUCAUCUGCCUCAGCCGUGGCCACCGGUCAACCUACCGUGGUAGCUACUCAGCAACCACAGACCGUCGUAACCACCCAGCAACCACAACAACCUCAACAACCUGGCCAACCUGCAACGCAAACCGUGGUAGUUACGACCACAACCGGUGGACAAACUACACAGCAGCGCCAAUCGUUAGAUAAUGCCAAAGAAAAGUGCAGGAAGUUUCUCACCAAUCUGAUCGAGCUGUCCAAACGGGAACCGAAACCCGUGGAGAAAAAUGUCCGAACGCUUAUCCAGGAGCUGGUGGAUGCCAAUGUCGAGCCGGAGGAGUUUUGCGAACGAUUAGAGCGACUACUGAAUGCCAGUCCGCAACCGUGUUUAAUUGGUUUUCUCAAGAAAAGUUUACCACUCUUGCGGCAAUCUCUUGUGACCAAAGAGAUCACGAUCGAAGGCAUUAACCCGCCCUCGGCAAACGUGGCCUUCUCCGGCUCGCCGUUAACGCAAAUACCUGCCCAAAUACGUCCUGUAACGCAAACCAUCGUCACCCAGAACAGCAUGGUCGGUCAGACGCAAAUCCGUAUGCUAACAACCCAAUCGGGGGCCACGACAGUGCCCCGGAUAGGGCAGACGACGAUACGACCUGCCGCACCGGUACGGAUACAGGCACCUCUCCACCAACAACCCCAGCAUACGGUCACCACUGUUGCAAGUGGGCCCCGGCAAAUCACUGCCCAGCAGAUACGACCAAAUGCCACGGCCACCGUAGGCCAUACCACUAUUGUGCAAACGAGCCAGCAGCUGCCUCAGACGAUCUCAACGACACCCCCGGCGCUACUUCCGAUUCGCGCUCCGGCCGGUACGGCAAUAACGCGUACGCCAGCGACCCUCCAAAUCCGUGCGACCACGCCCACAAUAGUAUCGCGCCAAACCGCAGCCACCAACAACACGACGGUUACCACCAAAACGAUCCGUAGUCAAACACCGGCCGUGGUCUCGGUAGCAGCUGCUGCAGCAGCAGCGGCCGCUGCGGCAUCUGGUUCCACGGCCACUCAGGUCAAGCAAGUGACAGCAAUUAGUAACAGCAAUGUAGUCGUCGCAGCCUCAACACCAUCAACGGCACCUGGUCUUGUAGUGACCGGGACACAACCGUUGCCAGCGUUAGCACUUAGCUCUUCCGCCGUGGCCACUUUGAAUAAUGCUAGUAAUAGUAAUAGUUCUACGAGUUUGAUCAGUACAAGCAUCCCUUCUACGACGACCGUAGUUGUCAGUACGGCUCCUAGUAUCAGUACUGCAAUCACUAGCAGUAUUACUAGUAAUAAUAGUAGUGCCAGUCAGGUAACUACUGCUAGCACUAGCAGUUCUUCCACCACAGUCACCACUUCCAGUAGUAAAUCAAGUUCAGGAUCAAAAUCACAGGGCUCGUCGGCGGGCACGAAAAAGAAAGCAAAUGCUAGUGCUGCCGUGAGUUCUGUUGAUCCUAACGAUCCGACAGCAGCUAAGAAAGCAGCCUCUAUGCAAUCCUCUUUUUAUCAGCAUCACGUGUCUUCCUCAAUGUACGGGGAUGAUGAUAUCAACGACGUUGCGGCCAUGGGUGGUGUCAACUUGGCGGAGGAAACCCAACGAAUUCUCGGUUCAACGGAAUUUGUGGGGACACAGAUUCGAUCUUGUAAAGACGAAAUAUUUUUGCACAUGUCGGCGCUGCAAGCGAAAAUACGGGGGAUUGUCGCGAGGCACGGACUGGAGGAACCGAGCAGUGAGGUCGCAGUACUAAUAUCCCAUGCCUGCCAAGAACGACUGAAAAACAUCGUGGAAAAGUUGGCCGUAGUUGCCGAGCAUCGAAUCGAUAUUAUCAAGGUUGACCCACGGUACGAAGUGACGAAGGACGUACGGGGGCAAAUCAAGUUCCUAGAAGAGUUGGACAAGGCGGAACAAAAGCGACACGAGGAACAGGAACGUGAAAUGUUGAUGCGAGCAGCCAAGUCUCGAUCAAAAACGGAAGAUCCGGAGCAAGCUAAACUUAAGGCUAAGGCGAAGGAAAUGCAACGAGCAGAGAUGGAGGAACUUCGACAGCGAGACGCUAAUUUGACGGCCCUGCAAGCCAUUGGACCACGGAAAAAGCCUAAACUGGAGGAGGGAGCAACUACGACUGUUACGCCUGGUGCAUCCGGCGUUGGAGUGGGAGUAAGUGGUAAGACCGCCACUCCGUUGAGGCCUCGAAUCAAGAGGGUCAACUUGCGUGAUAUGCUCUUCUAUCUGGAACAGGAGAAGGAAAGCUGCAGAAGUCAAAUGCUCUACAAGGCCUACCUCAAGUGAUCGAUUGUGGUGGUAAAACAGCUAAAAAUGGUGAUAAAAAAUAUGACGAUCGUUCUCUGCUGAAGCCGUGAACGGCGCCCAAGGUAAGGACCAACCACCGAUCCACGCCGCCAGCGAAGGAGGUUUAAACUAGAAAUCCGGUGGCAAGUGUGUUUCAGCUUGGAAGCGCGCGAAAGAGGUUUUGGUCCAAUCAAAAUGCGUUUCAUGGUCAGUUCAGGUCAGAUGUCAAGAGUCAGAGGAAGAUUGGAGCACAGUUUGUGUAAAAGUGAGAGCGAAUCAUCAGGAUGUUUAUGUGUAUGCGUGUGUGCGUGAUUUUUGAGAUUUUUUUGUAAAUAUUUCAAUUGGCCGCUACGGUGGAAUAUCAGGAAUCGUGCGCAUGAGUGAUGACGAGAAGGAUUUGCCGGGUAGACCAGUUUGGUAUGGAUUCGCCGACCGAACUGUUUUUGACGUUUUAUUUAAUUUGGAAAACUAACUUCGAAAUCAAGUGUACAGAAAACAACACAUUAUAGGGUAAAGUGCACGAGCGAGUCUAGGUAUGUAGGUAAAACAGAGAAGAAAGGAAAAAAUAGGUCUAAAAUAGUGAAAACAGAUUUAAAAACAAUUGUGUAAUUAAUUUUGAGUCCUCUAGAGCUGUGUGCUUGGCGGAACAAAAGAAAAAAAAAACUGGUCAGCCGCAAGCAUUGUUUUUGUUUGUUUAUCAUUUUAAGUCUAUAUCGAUAGGAACAAAAUAAAACUCAAUAGAAAUCAUAAAAAAACAUUAAGGAAAACAAAAAUCUGAAAAUUUCAACCGAAAGGAUAAAAAAUAGUUUAUAUAUCUAUUGAAUCGCCGUUUUCUCGGAAACAAAAAUCGAUAUGUUAUAAAUUAUAUUGACGAACAGUCAAUGAGUAACAAGCUUUGUUUGUGAUUAUAUCACUAAAAAA